AUGAAGACCUUCACUGUUGCCUCCAUCAUCGCCCUGGCCUCUGUUGCCUCCGCUCAGCUCGACAACAUCCCGUCAUGCGCCUUGACCUGCUUUAUCACUCCCCUCACCACUGACGGCUGCUCUGGUCUGACCGACUUCGCUUGCCACUGUAAGAAGGGCACCGAGUUGCUGGCCACCGUCCAGCCCUGCGUGCAGAAAGCCUGCUCCGCCGAGGACCAGGCCACCACCAUCUCCGGCGUCGAGUCCACCUGCGCAGCCGCUGGCGUGCCCAUUGAGAUCCCUGACAGCUCUUCCGCCGUUUCAUCGGCUGCUGCCAGCGUCACCUCCGCCGCCGCCUCGUCCGCCGCCGCUUCCGCUUCCUCUGUCAUUUCUCAGGCAAGCUCUGCUGUUGAGUCGGCAGCGAGCAGCUUGUCCAGCGCUAUCGCCAGCGGCAUCUCCAGCGCGCAAUCUGUAGCUUCCAGCCACGCCGCCACUGCUACCCACUCUUCCAACGGUACUGCUUCCGCUACUCCCUCUGCUUCCCAGAGCCAGUUCACUGGUGCUGCCGCCCAGGCCACACAUGCUGCUGGUCUCCUCGGCGCUGCCGCCCUUGCUCUCUUCGCCUUGUAG